AUGGAGACGGGAGCGCGGAGACGGAGCUGGGCGCGCGGGGCGCUCCGGGGUCUUUUCAGCCUCCCUCUGCUGCUUCUUCUGUCCAGCAACGUUGACAUCUCCAAAGUGCAAGGACUGUCACCGCAGGGAGAGUUUGUCCGGCCGCGAUGGAUCUCAGGAGGACGGAAUCGGCGGGAUGUUGGCGAGGCGGAAAAGACUCCAUUUCCUGCCCGUGGAGAGGUAGCAGUGACAGUAGAAGGCAAGGGUCUCAUUUUGGUGCUGGAAAGAAACCACAGGCUGCUGUCACCAGAUUAUACGGAGACUCAUUAUGCAAAGGGUGCGCAGCCCACGACCAUCUCACCCAACCUCACGGAACACUGCUACUACCAUGGCCACGUCCGAGGGUACGAGGGUUCCUGGGUGGUCCUCAGUACCUGCUCUGGAAUCAGUGGCCUGAUCAUGCUCAACCACAACGAUAGCUACUACCUGAAACCCCCAGCCAGCCCAGACUCUGAGCCUCACGUCGUCUAUAGGGCAGAACACCUGCCAAUCAAAGGCGGGACCUGUGGGCACGGUGACCAGAUGCAAAGCAGCGUAGCCGAUAUUGCCCGGUCCUUCAAACGGUCUGCACAUCAGCGGAAAAGGAGAGAUGCCUGGAGAACCCUCAAAUACAUGGAGCUCUUCAUUGUUGCAGACUACACCCUGUUUGCAUCUCAAAAGCAAAAUCUGGGGCAAACCAAGCAACGGAUCUUGGAGAUCGCGAAUUACGUAGACAAGUUUUACAGGUCCCUGAAUAUCAAAGUGGCCCUGAUCGGCCUGGAGGUCUGGACCGAGAGGGACCAGUGCAGCCUGAGCAGCGAUGCUCACGCCUCGCUCAUGUCCUUCCUGCAGUGGAAAAAGUCUCUGAAGGCCCGGAAGAAGCACGACAAUGCCCAGCUGCUGACCGGGAUGACCUUUGUCGGGACGACCAUUGGGAUGGCGCCGCUGGAGGGCAUGUGCAGUGCGGAAAACUCCGGCGGGGUGAGCAUGGACCAUUCAGAGCUCCCCAUUGGAGCGGCCGCCACCAUGGCCCACGAAAUCGGCCACAACUUCGGCAUGAGCCACGACCCUGAGGGAUGCUGCGUUGAGGCCACGGCGUCCCAGGGUGGCUGCGUCAUGGCUGCUGCUACUGGCCACCCCUUCCCGAAAGUUUUCAGUUCCUGCAGUCGGAAGCAACUAGAGAGCUACUUCCACCGAGGGGGGGGCAUGUGUCUUUUCAACAUGCCUGACACCAAGGACCUGGUGGUGGGCAAGAAAUGCGGCAACGGAUUCCUGGAGGACGGCGAGGAAUGCGACUGCGGGGAGGUGGAGGAGUGCACAAACCCUUGCUGCAACCCGCAAAACUGCACCCUGAAAGCUGGGAGCGAGUGUGCCCACGGCGACUGCUGCGAAGGCUGCAAGCUCAAGACAGCUGGGACCAUGUGCCGAGAGCCGGCCGGAUCCUGCGACCUGCCUGAAUACUGCACAGGGGCUUCCCCCUAUUGCCCCAGCAACGUCUACCUCCUGGAUGGCUCAAUGUGCUCCUAUGGGGAGGCUUACUGCAACAACGGCAUGUGCUUGACCCACGAACAGCAAUGCAUCCAGCUGUGGGGUCCAGGUGCUUGGCCGGCUCCUGACGCUUGCUUCCGGGACGUCAACCGGGCGGGCGACAUGUACGGCAACUGCGGCAAGGACCGCCACGGCAACUACGUCAAGUGUGCGUGGAGAGAUGCCAAGUGCGGGAAGAUCCAGUGCCAGAGCUCGGCUGCCAAGCCCAAAGGGACCAACACCGUUUCCAUGGACACCACCAUUCGCUUUAACGGGCAGGAGAUCAAGUGUCGGGGGGCGCUGGUUUACGCCACCAAGGAUGACGAGGGAGACAUGUCCGACCCGGGGCUGGUGAUGACGGGGACCAAGUGCGGAGAUGGAAUGGUUUGCAAGGACCAGCGCUGCCUCAACGCCUCUUUUUAUGACCUGGACAAGUGCACCUCGAAAUGCCACGGCCACGGGGUCUGCAACAGCAACCGGAACUGCCACUGUGACGCAGGGUGGGCUCCUCCAUUCUGCGAGAAGGCGGGUCUGGGAGGCAGCGUUGACAGUGGUCCCGUGCAACACGAUAAUCACGAAGCCGUCCUGAUCGUCCUGCUGCUCUUUUUCUUCCUGUUCCUGCCGGCUUUGUCCCUCGGACUCUAUUGGUACUACCGGAGGGAGAGCUCUCUCCUCAACAAGUGGUUCAAAGGCUUAAGAAAGAGCCACGAGACCUACAGGAAUGGAGCUGUCAAUCGGAAGGCAAAUCAGGGACACUCGAACUCAGCCUUCACUUUGCAGGACAUUUCCACCUCUUCUUCCUUCUCCAAUAAAACUGCGGCCAGCAGUUCCAGCCAAGCAACAAGGGGUGUUUUCCCACCCAAACCAAACUCUCUCCAAGGCGCUUCCCACCCGGUCAACGUGGUCCGCCCUCUCCGCCCUGCCCCUGCCCCGGUUGCCGCUCUCCCGAAAGACCUCAAGCCUUCCAGGCCGCCUCCGCUGCCUUUCAACAAAUCCCCUGCUGCAGCUGCUGGUGCGAAAUUCGGCACGCAAAACAAACUCCCUCCACCGAAGAAGCCUCUUCCCACCAGCCCCGUCAGGACCGCGUUGGUCGAUCCAAAGCAGAGGCCGCCACGCCGGCCGCUCCCGGGGAACCCCCUCCUGGCUAAAGAACUGCCGCCAGCUCAGGGUCAGGCCUUGCUGGUCAUGGUGCCUCCAGCCAAUACCAAGCCGGCAGGACUCAAUGCCAUGAGCCCCCUCUCCAGACCGCUGAAGCCGGUGCCACCUCAGAGACCCGUUCCAGGCCUGAAAGUCCAGACAGCGUCCUUCCCUUUUAAGAAAUGACAACUGUGGAAACGAGAGUCCCGGCUGACCCUCGUCAGGCUCCUCCUUCCUCAUUUGCACUACUCCGGCCAACGCGGGGAAUUUUUGCUACCAAAGACUGUUCGUUUUUGUUUUUUUUUUAAAGAGAGAAAAUAGGAACUGUUUUCAUCCAUAACGAAGAAGGGAAAGGGGUGGAGGCUGGGCCCGGGGGGAAAACGGUACUUUUGUGUGAUGGCUGGCUUUGGGGAUUUGGGACAAAAUAAGUGAUUGGGGGAGAAGUUUCAUGUUGACGUGCUCGCAGACCGCUGCCCAUCAAGGACUUAACGUCUGCCUACCUCCGGAAGCAGGUUUUUGCACUGAGCCUAGUUCUGAUCCACACCAACUGCCCGCAAGCUGUGGACUGCUGUUAGCUACCUCUGUGUUUUGCACAACCUCACGGGAUGCACAACCUCUCUCUCUCUCACCGCUGGGAUCUGAGUGCUGGACAUCGUCCCCCUUAUAGCUGGCGUUACAAAACUUUGUUGGGACUGUUUUCUAAAAAAAUGUAUGGUGCCCUUGGGGCAAAGCAGCUGGGGCUAUGGGAGUUGUAGUCCGAAACAUCUGGGUGGGGGCACCAGGUUGGGAAAAGCUGGUGAAAUUCUCUCGCAUUAAAAAUAAUAAGAAUCCAGCUUCAUGAGCUGGGUUUGAGUUUCGGCUGGCGCACGGUGCCAACGCCUGCCAUUUUGUUCCACAGCUGGCUGCCAGGGUGUCCGGUUUCCAAGCAGAAAGUCCCAAAUUCAGUCCUGGACGUCUCUGGGUUUUAAAAGGGAACAAGGCAAAAUGUGACUCUCCUCUACCUGAGCCGCUGGAGAAUUGCUGCUGGCAGUCAGAACUGGUAAUACUAAGCCAGACAGAUUUAUAAUCUGACCUGGUACAGAGCUAUUCUCAUUGUUCCAGGCAGUGGUGAGACUUGUGACGCUUAUGGCCAUGGUGAGUUGUGUGCCUCCCAUCGCAGAUGAGACAACACAUGCAAUCUCACAACCCAUUAAGUGCAAAUGCUAAGACCCAGAGCAGACCAUGUGUUUGCCCAUCCUGAAAUAGCUGCUAAAGGACUGUCAAGUGUCACCUGGGGUAGUGGCAUUUAAGGAUGCUCUUGGCUUGCAUCCCAGCUCCAAGCUCAGGAGAAGGGCAGGCGGUCUUCCAUCUGGCUGUCCUGCACCUCCAAAGCCUGCCCACGCUGUCAAGGGUGACCCCCAGUUUGGAGGGAGUUGUGUGUGCACCAUGCUCAGAGAGAUGACCCUCUGCCCUCUUGCCUGCUGAGGAAGUGUUGGGGGGGCUCAGCGUGCUCACCAGAGCAAGGAGAAUUUCAUUUCCCCCACCUCUGGUCAUUUCUCGGCUUGGUUUCCUGAGCUGGAGACAACCUCCGUUUAGGUGCCUUUCAGCUAACAAGACAGAAAAAGAAAAGAAAAGAUGGAAAAGAAAAGAGAAACGCAAGAUGGGUGAUGUGUUAUUUUGGUGCUCAAGUAGUUGAUCCCAGGUCAUCUUCCUCCAUGAAGCAUCUUUGUCUCUCUGGGGUCUCCUCCGUCCCUGGAAGAGAUGAACUGAUCCCUGAGUCUCAGGGCUUCACUGAGCCUGUCUCCAGCCCUAGGACUCCUCUCGUAACAAAAAUAGGAAAGACGACUCACUGAGACUGUGACGAGUGCCUUUCUCCUUCCAAACAACAACCGCAGUCAAUGUCCAACAUCCUAGGGUCGGGGCCUGAGAAUGUGACUUUUGGACAAAUAUGAAACCCAUCUCUGUGUUCAGAAGCAUCAAUAAGUUCUUGGUGGGAGACCUGCAGUCUCCAGGAACUGACAUUUUUUUCCUGUGAAACCGUAGUGGGCGGGUGGUUUUCCUUUUCUUUUUGGGAAUGACUCCACGGCAUUGCGAAGAGGUUAUUCCCCCUUGGAGUUUGGGUCUGGACCACUCAUUUGGUCGAAGCUUGACAUUGCCCUCUUCUUUGCUAAGCCAAGGCUUGCAUUUCUGCUUUCAGUGCACGAGGGGGGAACUCAGAAAACUUAACCCUCUAAGAGCUUCGGGGGGUUUUAAUUAAAAAAAAAUGAAAGUUUCUGGAUCUCAGGAUGCCGUAGGAGGAGAUUGCAAUUCAAGGCCAAUUCCACUCAUGACUCUUGGAUUUUCUUUUGUUGUUGUUGUUGUUUAGUCGUUUAGUCGUGUCCGCCUCUUCGUGACCCCCUGGACCAGAGCACGCCAGGCACUCCUGUCUUCCACUGCCUCCCACAGUUUGGUCAAACUCAUGCUGGUAGCUUCGAGAACACUGUCCAACCAUCUCGUCCUCCGUCGUCCCCUUCCCCUUCUGCCCUCCAUCUCCCCCAACAUCAGGGUCUUUUCCAAGGAGUCUUCUCUUCUCAUGAGGUGGCCAAAGAAUUGGAGCCUCAGCUUCAGGAUCUGUCCUUCCAGUGAGCACUCAGGGCUGAUUUCCUUCAGAAUGGAUGGGUUUGGUCUUCUUGCAGUCCAUGGGACUCUCAAGAGUCUCCUCCAGCACCAGAAUUCAAAAGCAUCAAUUCUUCAGCGAUCAGCCUUCUUUAUGGUCCAGCUCUCACUUCCAUACAUCACUACUGGGAAAACCAGAGCUUUAACUAUACGGACCUUUGUUGGCAAGGUGAUGUCUCUGCUUUUUAAGAUGCCGCCUAGGUUUGUCAUUGCUUUUCUCCCAAGAAGCAUCAAUAAUCAAGGUCUGCAUAUGUACUGGUGAAACUCUGCAGUCAGCACAUCCCAGUCCAAAGGCUGCACCACAACAUCUUCUGCAGUAUUUUUAGGGAAACCCAAGGCAAGCAUCGCAGAUUGUGCAGUGAACUUGCUUCAAGUGCAGAAGACAAUGAAUGGGGUUAGGGAGCAUAGCUGUCAACUUUUCCCUUUUCUUGUGAGGAAUCCUAUUCGGAAUAAGGGAAUUUCCCUUUAAAAAAGGGAAACGUUGACAGCUAUGUCAGGGAGGGUGUUGCAAAUGGUUGCGAGGUUGAGAUUUCAGUGCCUCGCACAGUUCCUGAUUCCUCUCCCUGACCUUACAGUCCUUCCCUUGUCCCUCCCACUGCCUUGCAUAUUGCUGGAAAUCUCCAAAGGCUUUCUUCUUCUUUAAUAAUGGCCUUGCAGGUGUGCAUCAUCAGCAUCAAUGCUCCUCCCCGGGUGUGGGUUUCCCUUGUGUUCCUGUUGCGGUGCCCUCGCAACAAGAGGUUCUCCUCCAUGGGCAUAGAGGGGGCUGCAGGAGGCCCUGCCAAUUUUGCACCCAGUUGGUGCACAUUGGGAGCGGGAGGGCAGAGAGCAAG